CAUGGGUGGUGUAUUUUAUACUGGCAUUGCCACCCCCAGGCCCCAGCUAGUGGGCAGGGUCGUCGAUCGACAGGGUAGAAAAGGAGGCGAGGAGCCUGUCAGCCUCGUGUUCCCCCUCUCGUUCCUUCUGCCUGCCUGCCAUAGCACGGCGGCUCCACAACCCCUGGCGGCCUGGCCUUGUGCUUCGUGCGUGCCUACCCCCCUAUAAGUACGCGGCACCGUCUCGCAGACACCUUGCAGAACCAUCACUAGUGAGUAGUAGUGAGUGACCUGCAAAGACACGCGAGGCACGCAGAGCUGGAGCAGCUGAUCUGAGAACCAGGAAUUAGGAUGGCGAUGGAGAAAGGCUGGAAGGCGAGAGACGCUGCUGGUGCUUUCAUGAUGGACUUGGAGCUGGUGGCCGAGGAAACCGACGACGCGGUGCCGUCGAUACCGCCACCGCAGACGCCGCUGGAGCCCAUGGAGUACCUCUCCCGGUCGUGGAGCGUGUCGGCGUCGGAGAUUUCCAAGAUUCUCCUCGGUGGAGGCAAGAAGAGCAGCGUUGCGGCGGCGAGCCGGCUUCCGGAGGUGACCAUACCGGAGCAGUCUGCGCUCGCCACCACGUCCUCCGUCGUUCCUCUACCGUGUCAUCAGCAGAACUACUGCAAAACAUACAAACAGAGAGCCGCAAGAAGGUCUUCCACGAGCAGCGGCCACCACCACCAGUCGAUCGGCAAGUGGUUCCAGGUCCACCACAGGGAAACACGCCGGGCGAAGCAGAGCAGCAAGGAGAAGCAGCGCGCCGAGAAGGCCCACGUGCACGCCAUGGUGUCCGUGGCCCGGGUCGCUGCCGCCGUCGCCGCCGUCGCGUCGGCCACGAGCUCCAACGCCCAGGCUACCACUACCAAGAUGGCGACAGCCAUGGCGUCGGCCACCGAGCUGCUGGCCUCCCACUGCGUCGAGGCAGCUCAGCACGCGGGGGCGCGCCACGACCAGGUGGCCGCCGCCGUGCAGGCCGCGGUUGGCGUCAGAAGCCCCGGCGAUCUGAUGACGCUCACGGCGGCCGCAGCGACCGCUCUGCGAGGAGCGGCGACACUGAGGCAGAGGGCGCAGCGAGAGACGAGGAGCAACGCGAGCAUCCUGCUCCCGUACGAGAAAGCCGCGAAUUCGUGGAGCCCGGACAUCUGGUGCAAGGAGGGGGCGCUGCUGAAACGCGCAAGGAAAGGGGGUUUGCACAAGAUAAGAGUAUGUAUCUACAUCAACAAGAGGUCAGAGGUGAUACUGAAGCUGAAAAGCAAACACAUCGGAGGCGCGCUGACAAAGAAGAACAAGAGCGUGGUUUACGGCGUAUACAGCGAGCUUCCGACGUGGGCUGAGCCAGGGAAGGACUGCAUAGAGGAGACAUGCUGCUGCUUUGGCCUCAGCACGGCGCAGGGCCUAGUGGAGUUCGAGUGCGAGGGCAACGCGAGCAAGCAGGAGUGGAUCGACGACGUGCAGAACCUGCUUCGUCAGGCGGCUCUGCAUGACCGAGUAGGGGAUAAACUGGGAUUAGUAAAACUCAGCUAGUGCAGUCUCAGUAUAUAACCCUCUUUCAUGGUAGCAGCAGAUUGCUGUGUCCUGCUGCUCCUGCAUCAGCGAUGCGAGGGGUACAUUAACAUAUAUUGGUCGUACUCUUGUCACUGACAUGCUAUACAACAUCUAUAGUGAUAGACAUACGGAAUAUAUUAGUAUAUGUUUUGUAAAGGGCCGGAGCAGACAAUCAAAAUCGUUGGGAGGACGCUGAUCCCAGUUUAUUUUUUAGAAAAAAAAAAACAGCUAGCCCGAGUUUUAAUUAAGUUCGGUUAGGCCUAGAGGGGUGGACGUUCGGUCUUCAACCCAUCAGCUGUUCGGACUAAUUAUUCACGAUCGGAAUUUCGUAGCAUUGUAUCUAACACUGUCAUAUCAUAAAAAUGUUGUGAAACUAUGAAUGAAACAAUGUGUCUCAAUA